GCAAGGGGAAGGAGCAACGGCGGAGAUCCCAAGCUGUCUGUCUCGGCUCCCCAGCUCCCUGAGAUAUUAUUAUCAUCAGUGUUUGGUGCCUGUCUGAUUUGCAGCGUCGCUGUGCUGAGGCAGCAGCCCCCGCGGGCAAUGGCUCUCCGAGCCGGCUGGCAAGCCAUCCUCGGCUGCCUGCUCACCGCCGCUUCGGCCGAGAUCUCCAAGGAAGGCGGCUGCAAAGUGAAGACGGUGACCGUCUCCACGCUGCCCGUGCUCCGGGAGAACGACAUCAGUUUCCACGGGGCGCUGGCCGCUGAGUCCAAGCUCUUCCUCUUCGUCCGGAACGACCUGCCGGGAGAGAUCUUGGUGGUAGACGACCUGGAGAAUACCGAGCUACCUUACUUCACCCUGGAAAUGACUGGAACAGUGGCUGAUAUUUCUUUGGUCCAUUGGAAACAGCAAUGGCUGGAGAAUGGCACCUUAUAUUUCCAUGUCUCCAUGAGUAAUGCCGAGCACCUGUCCCAGAUAACUCCACCAACUCUGCGGGAGCCCUCCGAGAUUGUGGAUGAACAGAUGCAUGUCCUUCAUGUCUCAGUCAUGGGAGGUCUGAUUGCUCUGCUGCUGCUCAUCUUAAUCUUCACCAUGGUACUGUAUGCGCGGCGGAGAUGGUGCAAACGGAGGCGAGUCCCCCAGAAGAGUGCCAGCACAGAGGCCACCCAUGAAAUUCAUUACAUCCCAUCUGUGCUGCUGGGACCACAGGCCAGGGACAGCUUUCGUAACUCUCGGAUACAGGCCCACAAUUCUGUGGUUGGAAUGCCAAUCCGAGAGACGCCCAUUUUGGAUGAUUAUGACUGCGAAGAAGAAGAAAACCAACUUCGCCCUGAAGCACGCAGUCGAGAAGAUGACUUUGGAAGUCAGGUGACCCGGACAUUGGAGAGCCUGGGGCGGGCAGAAGAGGAGAAACCAAGUUUUGCAGCCGCUGAUGUGACUCAAGAUACAGUGCAGUCAUUGAUGCAGAAGUUCAAGGAGAGUUUUCGAACAAACACGCCAAUUGAGAUCUCGCACCUCCAGCAGGCACCACGCAGCACAUCCACGGGACGAAAGAAGGGAAGAAGGAAUAAAAGUAGAGGUGGGAUGCUCUUUGGAGGAGCAGAAGAAGAUUCUGGUACUGAAGCAGAUGAUGAAACGCACCUCACCUUUUACUCGGAACACCGAGGCAGGCGAAGAAGCAAAGGUUCUCCCAGGAGCCCUUUGAAUAGAACUGCCCUCACUUUAAUCACGGUGUGCAGCUGUGUCCUAACUGUGGUAUAUGGAGGCCACUUGACAUGCCCCCUGAUGGUGAAGGUGACCUUACAUGUCCCUGAACACUUCAUUGCUGAUGGGAGCAGUUUUGUUGUCAGUGAGGGAAGCUUUCUGGAUGUGUCCGACUGGUUAAAUCCAGCCAAAUUAUCGCUGUUCUAUCAAAUCAACUCCACAUCUCCAUGGACAAGAGACCUUUGUGGACAAAGGACAUUAGAGCCGUGUGAACAUCUUUGUGAUGAAGAAACAGGUGAAUGUGGCUGUCAUGAUGGUUACUCUCCUGAUCCCAUUCACAAACAUCUUUGCGUGAGGAGUGACUGGGGACAAAAUGAAGGACCAUGGCCAUAUACAACAUUGGAAAGAGGCUAUGACCUUGUGACUGGGGAUCAGGCACCAGAAAAAAUAUUCAGAUCUACCUACAGUCUGGGUCAAGGUUUAUGGCUGCCAGUUAGUAAAAGUUUUGUUGUGCCUCCAGUGGAGCUGUCCAUCAGGCCAUUAGCCAGCUGCAAGACCGAUGUCCUGGUGACAGAGGACACUGGAGAGGUCAGGGAGGAAGCUAUGCAAUCUACGUACUUUGAAACGCCAGACGACCUCUUGUCCUCAUUUGGCCCUGUGCGUGACUGCUCCCGGGAUAAUGGAGGCUGCACGCGAAAUUAUCGUUGCGUGACUGAUCGAAAGAUUGACACCACGGGAUGUAUGUGUCCUGUGGGCCUGAGGCCUAUGAGGGAUGAUUCUGGCUGUUUUGACUACACCAAAGGGAUUGAUUGUUCUGAUGGGUUUAAUGGAGGCUGUGAGCAACUUUGCUUACAACAGACGGUGCCAUUGGUAGAAGACCCUUCCUCCAAUAAUAUCCUGAUGUUCUGUGGCUGUGUGGAGGAGUACAGACUGGCAGCAGAUGGUAAAUCUUGUGUGCUGCUGUCAGAGACAUGUGAGGGCGCAAAAUGUCAGAAGCUUGACGCCAAACUGAACGACACGCUCUUCGUAGAGAUGCUGCACGGCUACAACAACAAGUCACAACAGGUCAAUCAGGGUCAGGUUUUCCAGAUGACCUUUCGGGAGAAUAAUUUUGUGAAGGAUUUCCCUCAAAUAGCUGAUGGAUUAGUUGUCAUUCCCCUUCCUGUGGAAGAACAGUGUCGAGGAGUUCUUUCAGAGCCAUUGCCCAACCUCCAGCUCCUCACAGGUGAUGCAAAAUACAGUGAGGCUACUGGCUAUCCCAUGGUGCAGGAGUGGAGAGUUCGAAGCAAUCUAUACAAGGUUAAGCUCAGUUCAAUAACACAGUCUGCAGGUUUUUCCAAUGCGCUGAAAAUGCUGAAGGAGGAGAGUAGCAGAGAGGAUCUGAUUUCUGUCAUUCAGCAGUAUGGCAGCCAUUAUAUUGCUGAGGCACUCUACGGCUCAGAACUCACAUGCAAAAUACACUUUCCAAGCAAGAAGGUCCAGCAACAGCUUUGGCUCCAGUAUCAGAAAGAAACAACUGAAUUGGGGAACAAGAAGGAGCUCAAAUCGAUACCAUUUAUUUCAUAUCUGUCAAGUUUAUUGGGUGCCCAAAUGCUUUCAGAUGAGCAGCCAAUUACUGGCGUGGAGAUUGAGUGUGAAGAGAAAGGGCAGUGCCCUUCCAUAUGCCAUCUCUGCCAUCGGCAAGGCAAGGAUCAGGCCAGUCCAACACCUGUGCUACUGGAGAUCACUAGUAUAGUGCCACUGUACCACUUAAUAGAGAGCAACGUAACUAGAGAGACCUUCAAGACUGCGCUAAUGAGCUCCUAUUGGUGUUUGGGGAAGGGUGAUGUCAUUGAUGACUGGUGCAGAUGUGACUUGAGUGCAUUUGAUGAGGAUGGACUCCCAAGCUGCAGCCCAUUACCUCAGCCUGUGUUGAGACUCUCAACAAGUGUAGAACCAUCAAGUACAAUGAUAGGCUUGGAAUGGCAGGAUGCCCAACCCAUGAUAGGAACUAAGAUAGCUGACUACAUCAUUCACUAUAAGAAACUGGAUGAUUAUAUCGACCCAAAUCUUUAUGCAGGGGAAUCUCUGAGCUUUGCAGAUGACCUUCUUUCAGGCCUGGGAUCUUCCUGUGUUGUAGUGGGGAAAAACCAUGGGAUUGCCUCUGAGACAACGACAUAUUCCUUAAUUUUCAAGUGCCUGGAACCAGACAGCUUCUACAAGUUUACGUUGUAUGCUUUGGACAGUAGAGGGAGACGCUCUGAGCCAAGCACAGUCACAACGAGAACCUCGUGCCCUCUGAUUGAUGACAUCAAGGCAGAAGAAAUAGCAGAGAUGAUCUACAGCCUAUUUAAUGGCUACACCAGUGGGAAGGAACAGCAAACUGCCUACAACAUACUGAUGGAGAUCUCCUCCCCCAUGGUUUAUCGGGUGAUACAUCACUAUAACUCUCACUAUGAAAAAUUUGGAGACUUUGGGUGGCGUAGUGAAGAUGAACUUGGUCCAAGGAAAGCUCACCUCAUUCUAAAGCGACUUGAGAGUGUGAGUGACCGCUGUGCAUCGUUACUACACAGUGCCUAUAUUCAGAGCCACAUAGACUCAGUGCUGUAUUUCAUCUGUCAAAUGGACGAAACCAGACCCACAGGAAUGGUCUGGUAUAGCACCUUACAUGAUGCAAAAGUGACUUGUGAUGAAAAACUCAUGUCUGUCCCACGCAACAUUUAUGGAGAUACUAAACUGUGGUGAGGCAUCUCAGCACGUUGAACUUUAAUUAUAUGAUCAAUUUUUGAAAUUUUCGAAGAAGCAAGGCAAAAAAGAAAAAAAAGUGUCAUCACCUCAAAUGACAGCGAAAUCAUCAUCAGACAUUGCUCCUUUUGAAAAAGACGCCUUCAGGUCUUUGGUGCUUGUCGAAAUAUUUAAUCAAUUAAAGAAAUUGGAGCUACAUGAUUGGAACUAUGUGCUCAACAUUAAUAAACAACUGUUAAGUGAACAGACAAAGAGUUAAGACCGCAUGUGAAUUAGUGAACCAACCAAAA